GUCUUGUGAAGCCUCUGUAUGUGUUUUUAUUCUUAUUAUCUUUAUUGUCUUCUGUCUUUCUGUUGGUUUUCCCUCUCUGCUGUAAACCACUUUGGAUCCACUGACUUGUGUGUGAAGUGUUUUACAGAUGAAGAGGAGUUGAGGAAAAGAACAGUUAGUUAUGUUUAUGUGAUUUAUUUGUGACAGAUUGUUUUGACUCUUCACCUGCAGCAGUCGUCAUUUUAAUAUUACUGUUAGUUAGAGUUAGUGAUGUACUAGGGAACGUCAUCCGUCAAAGUCAAUAAAAGCAUCAGAUUCAGCUGUGACAUACGACCGAAGAGCUUUUUCUCAAAGUAACAUCUGGAACAGCUGCAGCAGUCAGUGAACGUGUCAGCAGCAGAGUCGUUGGUCAAACAGGUCAGAGCGUCACUCUGCCCUGUAAAUAUGACAUCAGCAAACACGGAGCGAUGUUCGUCUGUUGGGGUCGAGGAGAAAUUCCACUGUCAGGCUGCAGGAACCUGCUCGUCUCCACCGACGGACAUCGAGUGAAAGAAGAAACCAGAGCUUCCAGCAGGUAUCAGCUACUGGGACGACUGGAUGCAGGUGAUGUUUCUCUGACGAUACUGAACCUCACAGAGACAGACGCUGGACGGUACGGGUGCAGGGUGGAGGUACCCGGGUGGUUCAAUGAUGACAAACAUGUCUUCGAUGUGUCCAUUGAGAGAGCUCCACAGACGAACACAUCAACAACAACAAACACAGCGACGCCUGCAGCGCAGACAACAGCCGGUGACACAGCAGGUACAACUCAGCACCGUCACGUAGUGGACGACGGAGGAGCAGGUAGAACUCUCGCUGUCGGUCCAAGUGUUUGGUUUGAUCCCGACUCCAGAUCAGAUGUGUUUCUAAACCUUUUCCUUCAGCAUGACAUCAUGCUGCUGACACAGCUGCACUCAAAACAGCUUUCGUUUCCUCGUCCUGCAGGUCAGAUGACCUCCACAGAGACUCAGCUGACUUCCUCCUUCAACGGCGUCGAGGCCGAGGAGACCAGAAGUAUGACUUUGGUUCUGGUGUGUGUUCUGUUCGGGUUGGUGGCUUUGGUCACAGCCGGCGGAGUCGUCAUUAUCGCGAGAAGAUGGAGGCGACUCAAAAUCCCUCAGCAGCAGGUCAGCAGUUCGGUCCGGUUCGGUCCGACUUCGUCCACUCUGCAGCUCCAUAGUCGAGGUUCAGCGGUGGAAAACAUCUACCAGAUAGACGGAGGCGGCGAUGGAGGCGAGUACGAGUACUGCCCCUGAGCCCUGAAGCUCCGCCCACUGACCUGCUGACCCGGGAGACUGGAAGAUGACUAGCUCUUGACAAAAAACAUGAACUCGCCACCUCCAUCUAGGAGGCAUUCAGUCCCCCAGACUGCCACCAGGGCGACUUCUUAAAGGGGCAGUGUGGAGGACGUGCGGACGCUGAACUGAAAACAUUCUGCUUCAUUUAAAAAAGUCUACAAGAAAAAGCUGACAGACUGUUUCCAACUGUUGCCAAAAGAAAACUACAAAUCCCAGAGAGCAUUGCUGUAAGAAGCCUACAAUCAGAGCGCUUCAGAGCCUGAUGCCAUGUGGCUAAUGCCGCAAUGACAUCAUACAUGAUGGAUGGUAGAGAUGGAAAGGUUCCCAUGUUAGGCCUUGCUAAUGUUCAUGUUAUGUUGUUGGUCGUGUUAAAGCGUUGACAUCAUGUCCGUUCACUCAUUUAACCGUCGGUUUACUGCAGCUGCGAAGUGGGAGGAGCUAUUUUCAUUUACACCACUCUCGCAGUUAAAUCAUCAGUACAAAGAACUCCGUUAGAUAUCUGGGUCUUUGACAAAAAGUCGAAGGCACAGGCUUGUGUGCAUAAAAACUUAACUACAACUCCCAGGGUGCAUUCCGGCAAGAAACGUCCAAUCGCAGAGCUUUACGUUCGGUUACGCGUGCCGCUAACGGCGGGUGGAAGCUAAAGAUGACGGUGAUGAGAAAACUAAAAACACAACCUGCAGCUUAAAUCAGUUCACUUUUGAAUUCUGGAUCAAUUGUGGGUGAAGUUCAGUAACUAUGGCGACGUGUUUUGUUCUCACCUGUAAAACACGCGUUUUGAAUUUGCUAGCGCUUUGACUCGCGCCGCUGACUGGCCUCUUCUCCAUGGUAACGGCGGCCGUUCAUGCGUAUAUAACCUUUGAAAAAUGUGUCUGAUGGUUGUACUGAUUUCAACGUGGGUAUUGUAGUGUUUAGACUCGUCCGCCUAAAUGAAGGAAGGGAAACAGACAAAUGAAUUAAACCUGGCGGCCAUAUCACAAACCUGUCGGACCGUUACAUCAUCCGGUCGCGUGUUUCUGAUAGCGUUUAAAGAAAAACUGAAACGAGAACUCAGGAACACUUCAGGAACCAGCGAACGACGGCCUUUGGCUGACGUGAGGCGUCCGUGUUGGUUUGGUUUUCGGCACUUUCAGAUAUAUCAGAGCAAGUUUGUCGUAAAUGUGACUUGGAUGUUGACAUGAACACUAUUUACACUCUAAAGUCUGCCAAACAAAGAUUUCUCCAAGUUGGUGCUAAAUAAUAAAGAAGACCAACAUGGACGUCGCACGUGAGCCAGAGACAGUUGUUCGAGAUGACGAAACCUAAGUGUAAUGGAGACAGAGUUAUACUGAGCAUGUGCAGUGUUUGUGCACACGGCCCACAGCCGUUUAGAAUCUUGCGAUGACGUGAACGUGUCGCGAGAGCUCUGUAGAACUCUUUGGAAGCGUUCUGAACAUUCCAGAACUCUGAUGUCACAGCGCUGGAUGGAGCCGUGGCCUCUGAGGCUCAUGGGUAAUGUAGUAUUUUGAGCCUUUCAACAAACUGAGGGAAAAGACCGGAUCAGAUGACUCCGUCGUUCUGCGUUCAGAGAGAAUCAGGAAACGUCCGAGACGUCGCAGUGAGAACAUUUCUGUCCACUUUACUGCUCUGCUCAUUUUGUUUCUCCAACUUUACAGAAAUGAUGUAACCGUCCGCUGUGUAUUUAAUAAAACCCUGAUAUAACUUUUGAAACAUGAUUGUACUGCUUUCUGUUCUGCUGCUGAACUUAUUUAAUUCAGCUCUAAUGCUGUUGUGUACUGAAGCUCGUCGCUCUGCUGGGAGUUUGUAUUCUCCACGUCUCUGUUUCUACUUGGUGUGAACGACUUGUGAACUGGCUCACUUUCGUCUUCGUGAGUCAUUUAAGAUUAUGAGAAUUAAAUCAUGGUAUCGAACCUGAA